AUGUCAAAUUAAACAGAAAAAAAAUUACUUUGGCUUGAUUGUGAUCCAGGUCAUGAUGAUGCUAUGGCUAUUUAUAUGGCUGCUUACUCUGAAAAAGUUGAGCUUAUUGGAAUUUCUACUGUUUAUGGAAAUAACACAUUAGAAAAGGUUACUAACAAUGCAUUAAAAAUAUUAAGAAUGGGAGGUAUAUAUGGAAUUCCAGUUUAUAAGGGUAUGGCUAAACCAUUGACUAGAAAGGUGACUACUGCUGAAAGCAUCCAUGGAGAUAGUGGGCUUGAUGGUUGUGUCCUUCCUGAUACUGAUUAAAAAGCAAUUACAGAAGAUGUACUUCAUUAAAUUUAUCUCAAGAUAAAAAGUUUACCAAAGAAAAUACACUUCGUAGCAACUGGUUGUUUAACAAAUCUUGCUUUACUUUUAUCAACUUUCCCUGAUUUUAAGGAUUACAUUGAAUAAAUUUCUUUAAUGGGAGGAGCUAUUGGAAUUGGAAACUGGUUCCCAUGUUCUGAAUUUAAUAUAGGUAUUGACCCCGAAGCUUCAAAAAUCAUAUUCACUUCUGGAUUGCCAUUAACUAUGGUGCCUAUAGAGUUAACACAUUAAGUCUCAAUUACAGAAGAUAUUUUUGAUAAAUUAAAGGCAAUGAAAACUCAUUUUGGCGAAAAUAUAGUAGGAUUAAUGACCUUCUUUAAACACACUUAUAAGACUGUAUUUGGAUUAGAUUUAGUUCCUCUUCAUGAUCCAUGCGCUGUUUAUUAUGUCAUAAAUCCAGAUGCAUUUACAGUAAAAUUCCUUAAUGUAGUUAUUGAAACAAAUAGUGAAUAUUGUGAUGGUAGAACUGUAGUUGAUGAAUAUAAAACAACCGGUAGAAAACCUAAUACAAACGUUGCUGUUGGGUUAGAUUUAAAUGCUUUUUGGGAAGAAAUGCUUUCUGCUUUACACAAAUGCAACAAAAACACUCCAAUCAAUAAUUAAUGA